ACACCAUCAAAUUAGAGAGAGAGAGAGAAAGAGACAAGUGUUUGUGUUAUGUUCUUUGUGUUGAGUUUGGCAGCUUUCCUUUUUUAUUUUGCUUCACCUAUAAACACUCCUUAACUUUAUCUUAUUGCUCAAUCCUCUCCCCUCCAAUCCAUUUUUCCCUUUAUUUUCUCUCUCUUUUCUCUUUCUUCUACCUCACAUAAAUUCACGCAUACCCACUUCCCAAAUCACGCAUACAGAUCCAAAGUUCUUAUCUUUUUCACCAUUCGUCGCUCAAUUCUCAAUUGGGUCAUCCAAAUUCCAAGCAUUAACCCAACCCCUUUUCGGUUCACUGAACCCCAAAUUUCCCAUUUUUUGGUUUUUUUGAUCGAAAUUCUCAUUACCCAUGUCUCGAAUCUUCUCUAGAUGGAAGAAAGCGUCACUUGCGGGGUCCCACGCGCCUGUCACGCGUGGGAAUCGAACCGGGUUCAGUUCCCGGCUCAAUCGGGCAUGCCCAAUCUCGACCCACUUGAACCAGAUGGUCGCCGGUGGCGCCGCCCAUCGCCGCCGUGAGGCGCUGGUGGGGGUUCAGGAACGGUACAAGUGGGACCGUGGCGGGUCAGAUGACAAUCUGACCCGGAAGAUUCGGGCAGAGGCUAAUUGCCCACGUUGUACCAAAGACAUGAACAUUGUUUUCUCCAAUCGCCACUUUCCAACCACAAAUGAUGUUUCUCCUGAUUUGGGUUCAGGUGGUGAAAAGGGUUACCAAGCGGUUAACCUUUGUCCAAGUUGCAAAACUGCUUAUUAUUUUAGGCCUUAUGACACUGCACCUUUGCAAGGUACCUUUGUGGAGAUUGGUAGAGUAACUACUAACAAUAAUAACAAUAAUAAUAAUGUUAUUAGUAGUGUUAAUGGUAAGUCUCAGUCUCCUAGGAGGAUCACGCAUGGGAAAGGUGGUGGCAAAGAGGGUGGUGGUAAUAGUAGUAGUAAGAAUAGUAAUGUGGGAGAGGAAUUUGGUAAUAAGAGUGAUGCAAGUAAAUGGCUUGAAGUUUCAUUGUGGGAGACGUUGAUGUCUUACAAUGGUGGUGCUAGUGGUAAUGGUAAUAAUGGGGAGCCACCUGAGUCAUGGCCUCCAUCACCAGGUGGUAAUAAUAAUGGGAAUGGUUUGGCUGUGCAUACUCCACCGGGACCACCUUUUGCGCCGGGGAUUAAUGUUAUCCGGGCUUCAGGGCCACGGGAUGGCGGUUCAGGUGGUGCAGGUGGGGGAAAUGGAGAGAAGACCACGUGGGGAGGGUCUAAUUUGGGGAAUGAUUUGCCCUCACCGAAGGAGAUCUGCAAAGGUCUCGACAAGUUUGUUAUUGGCCAGGAGAGAGCCAAGAAGGUCCUUUCUGUAGCUGUUUAUAACCACUAUAAAAGAAUAUACCAUGCUACUAUACCAAAAGGGUCAGGCGCAGAUUCAGAAGCUUCAGAAGUAGUAGAUGAUGACGAAAAUGUGGAGCUAGAAAAGAGUAAUGUUCUCUUGAUGGGCCCAACAGGGUCAGGGAAGACAUUACUUGCAAAAACACUGGCUCGAUUUGUGAAUGUGCCGUUUGUCAUUGCUGAUGCAACAACCUUAACACAGGCUGGUUAUGUUGGAGAAGAUGUCGAAUCGAUCCUAUAUAAACUACUUGCGGCUGCAGAUUUCAAUGUUGCAGCAGCUCAGCAAGGAAUAAUUUACAUUGAUGAAGUUGACAAGAUAACUAAGAAGGCUGAGAGCUUAAAUAUCAGCCGGGAUGUUUCUGGAGAGGGUGUUCAGCAGGCAUUAUUGAAAAUGCUGGAAGGAACUAUAGUAAACGUUCCUGAGAAAGGAGCUAGGAAGCAUCCACGGGGGGAUAACAUUCAGUUGGACACAAAAAAUAUUCUUUUUAUAUGCGGUGGAGCAUUUAUUGAUCUUGAAAAAACCAUUUCAGAGAGACGACAAGAUUCUUCUAUUGGUUUUGGAGCACCAGUUCGUGCCAAUAUGAGAACUGGUGCCGUAACAGAUUCUGUAGUUACUUCAUCUUUACUUGAGUCGGUGGAAAGUGCUGAUCUUAUUGCGUAUGGCCUCAUACCAGAGUUUAUUGGACGAUUCCCCAUCUUAGUCAGCUUGUCAGCUUUAACCGAAGACCAACUUAUGAUGGUCCUUACAGAACCAAAAAAUGCUCUUGGUAAACAGUACAAGAAAUUAUUUAGCAUGAAUAAUGUUAAGUUACACUUCACAGAGAAAGCUCUAAGAUUGAUAGCAAAGAAAGCAAUGGCCAAAAAUACUGGUGCCAGGGGUUUAAGAGCCCUACUGGAAAGCAUUUUAACUGAAGCCAUGUUUGAGAUUCCUGAUAUCAAGAUAGGAAGUGACCGAGUUGAUGCAGUUGUUGUUGAUGAAGAGUCAGUAGGAUCACUAACUGACCCUGGAUCUGGAGGGAAAAUUCUUCGCGGAGAUGGUGCUUUCGAGAAUUACCUAGCUAAGGCUAAUGAUGUAGCUGAAUCAGAUUUACAAGAGGGGGAUUCAGAACUUUCCUCAAGAGCCAUGAGCAUGUGAUAUUAUAUAUUUACCAUAUUCAGUGUAUAAUUUGUCAUUGUUAUUGUUCUUUGUAAAAAUUACAUUAAAAGAAAAUUGCUGUAAUUAUCCCUUGUAUAACAGCAUUAGCUACUGGUCCAAGCUCACUGGAUAGGAAAGAAAUAAUAGAAGAAAAAAGAAAGGUGUAGUGUAGCAUUGCUAAUUUAGGGAGUACAUUAUACAAAAUUUCAAUUAUUUUUGAGGAAGUCUCACUGAAGACAUUUUUUCUUUGUUGGGCUCCUCCUUCUCU